UUGCUGCGUCAUCGCCAGUGGCCGGUUUGAAUGAGCCUCUUGUCGCAGCCCCGCUGCCGCCACCGCCGCGCCUCUGCCUCGGCCGCCGCCGCAGCUUCUUCGCGUCCCUUUGCCUUCGACGCUCCUGCCAGGCCCAGCCUUCCUGCGCCGCCGCCGCCCCUCGCGCCUCGCCAUGCCGCUCUACUCCGUUACUGUGAAAUGGGGAAAGGAGAAAUUUGAAGGUGUGGAAUUGAAUACUGAUGAACCUCCAAUGGUGUUCAAGGCUCAGCUUUUUGCACUGACUGGAGUCCAGCCAGCGAGACAGAAAGUUAUGGUGAAAGGAGGAACAUUGAAGGAUGAUGAUUGGGGAAACAUCAAAAUAAAAAAUGGAAUGACUCUGCUAAUGAUGGGGUCAGCAGAUGCUCUUCCUGAGGAACCUUCAGCUAAAACUGUCUUUGUAGAAGACAUGACAGAAGAACAGUUAGCAUCUGCUAUGGAAUUACCAUGUGGAUUGACAAACCUUGGUAACACUUGUUACAUGAACGCUACAGUUCAGUGCAUUCGUUCUGUGCCUGAACUCAAAGAUGCCCUUAAAAGGUAUGCAGGUGCCUUGAGAGCAUCAGGGGAAAUGGCUUCAGCACAGUAUAUUACUGCAGCCCUUAGAGAUUUGUUUGAUUCCAUGGAUAAAACUUCUUCCAGUAUUCCACCUAUUAUUCUGCUGCAGUUUUUGCACAUGGCUUUUCCACAGUUUGCAGAGAAGGGCGAACAAGGACAAUAUCUUCAACAGGAUGCUAAUGAGUGUUGGAUACAAAUGAUGCGAGUAUUGCAACAGAAAUUGGAAGCCAUAGAGGAUGAUUCGGUUAAAGAAACAGAUUCUUCAUCUGCAUCAGCAGUGACACCUUCUAAAAAGAAAAGUUUAAUUGAUCAGUUCUUCGGGGUGGAAUUUGAAACUACCAUGAAAUGUACAGAAUCUGAAGAAGAAGAAGUCACUAAAGGAAGGGAAAAUCAGCUUCAGCUUAGCUGUUUCAUCAAUCAAGAAGUCAAGUAUCUUUUUACGGGACUUAAAUUGAGACUUCAGGAAGAAAUCACCAAACAGUCUCCUACACUGCAAAGAAACGCUUUGUACAUCAAAUCUUCCAAGAUCAGCCGGCUACCUGCUUAUUUAACUAUUCAGAUGGUUCGAUUUUUUUAUAAAGAGAAGGAAUCUGUGAAUGCUAAAGUUCUUAAGGAUGUUAAAUUUCCUCUUAUGUUGGAUGUGUAUGAACUAUGUACACCAGAACUACAAGAGAAAAUGAUCUCUUUUCGAUCAAAGUUCAAGGACCUAGAAGAUAAAAAAGUGAAUCAGCAGACACAGACAAGCGACAAAAAGAGUAGUCCCCAGAAAGAAGUUAAGUAUGAACCGUUUUCUUUUGCUGAUGACAUUGGCUCCAAUAAUUGUGGAUACUAUGACUUACAAGCAGUGCUAACGCAUCAGGGAAGGUCUAGCUCUUCAGGUCAUUAUGUAUCAUGGGUGAAGAGGAAACAAGAUGAAUGGAUUAAGUUUGACGACGAUAAGGUCAGCAUUGUGACACCAGAGGAUAUCUUGCGGCUUUCUGGUGGUGGAGACUGGCAUAUAGCUUAUGUUCUACUCUAUGGGCCUCGCAGAGUUGAAAUAAUGGAAGAGGAAAGUGAACAGUAAUCUUCAUUUUAGCUAUUUAUGCUUAGGUGUGAAAUAAAUGUUAUUUGUUGAUCACUUCUAUAAUCCACAGCUAUAGAGGAAGAUAUUUAGGUGGUUUUGUGUGUUUCCUCUCAUGUGGAACAAGAGGGCAAAAGCAGACCACUCUGUAUCAACCUAAAAAAUUACAGAAAAGAAAAAAUUGCCUUUGGACGGUGUUACCCUGUAUAAAGGUAGCAGGAAGACAUUUUUAAAAAGCUUAUUUCUUGUAUUAAUUUUUAAAAAUUCUGAGUUGAAAUGCCUUUCAACCAUUACCUUUUGUGAUGAUAACUUUUCUCCCUUUUUCAGCCCAAGAUUCAGCAAUCAGAUGUUUAUUGCACACCUAUUUCUCUAUUAUUUGUUGUUGUUCUUGCAUGGUUCAAACUACCGGUAAUUCAGUAGCUGCCUAUCCUUUGCCUUAUCUAACAAAAAUUUUGCCAGGAAGGUGGAAAGGAAGUAAGUGUUGCUCUCAUUUUGUAACUCUGUGCUGCUGUCCACAUCCCAUGGAAACAUGGGUACAAUCAAGUGUUUGUCCAGCCUGACUGUUGCUGGCUUUCAUGACUUUAAAAUAAAUUGUGAUCAAUAAUAGUA